AGAAAUGCAUUAUACUCCAUAACCUGAAAUGACCUGAACCUAGCAUUGACUUUAAAGAAGCCAACAGUUAGCUUGAACAUCUCUUAUUUAGUUAAUUGGUUCUUCAAUGGAUCAUGUUCUUGAUAUUGAAAACAUAUCAACUUCAAUAGAAAAGGAGUUAGAAAUUUUGUCUCCCUUGUCCGAAGAGUGUUGCAUCUACAGAGUUCCGAAAGCAUUACGUAACUUAAAUGAAACGGCUUACACACCUCAACUUGUCUCCAUUGGUCCGAUUCACCACGGCAAACCGGAGCUAAAACAAAUGGAGGAGCACAAAAAAAGGUCCCUGCAAGAGUUUCUGCACCUGACCAAUGUAAGUAUCGCGAGUUUUGUCGACAGAAUCAAGGCGAAAGAAACGAAAUUUCGCAAUUGCUAUGCAGAAACACUAGAAUUUAGUAGUGAGGACUUGGUGAAGAUGAUUCUGGUGGAUGUUGCUUUUGUUAUUAUGGUUCUGCUGAAGUUUAGUUGUCAGAAUCUUCGGAGCAGUAAUGAUCGGAUUUAUAGUCGGCCUUGGAUGGAAAAUGAGGUGAGGUAUGACUUGUUGUUGCUUGAAAAUCAGCUGCCUUUCUUUAUUCUGAAGGAUUUGUAUGAGUAUUCUGAUGUAUCGAAUCGGAUUCAAGAAGAGGGAUUGUCGAUGAUCAAACUAACUCGCGAAUUUUUUAAAGGUAAAUGGGGUUUAUGGGUGACUCGUGAUGUCUUGGAGAAUCAGAAUUUAAGCAAUGAAGUGGUUCAUUUUGUUGAUUUUCUCAGGAUUUCUCAGAAACCGUCGAAAUCGGGGGUUGAAGAUCAAGAAAAACCCAAAGAAGCAAUCUCAUUGUAUGCACCUACUGCAACUGAGUUGCAGCAAGCUGGAGUCAAGUUCGAGUUAUCUUCGAGUAGAAAAAAGCUCGAUAUACAAUUCAACAAUGGGGUUUUGAAAAUUCCAUUGUUGAGAAUAACUCGAAAAACAGAGUUUUUCCUGAGAAAUCUUCAGGCAUUUGAGCAAUGCCAUUGUAAAGAUAAGUACAUUAAUGACUACAUUGCUUUCAUCACUAUGCUCGUCAAGAAUCCGAAGGAUUUAGAAAUUCUUGUAAAGAGUGGGAUUCUGGUACAUGGGAGAUGGAAUAACGACAGCUUAUCGGCUGUGUUUCUCAACCUCGCCUUAGGAAAUUUUGUCUCGCAUAAAAGCUUCUACUUAUCGGGCCUCGUCGAGGAUCUUAAUUUAUAUUGUGGUAAGUCUUGGCACAAAUGGAAGGCUACCCUGAAAGAGCAAUAUUUUAACAGUCCUUGGGCUGUGAUUUCUGUUAUUGCAGCUUCAAUACUUCUCAUACUCACUAUCAUUCAAACUGUAUGUACUGUAAUGCAAAUUUAGGUUCUUUAGUAUAAAUGAGCAAUUAUGUUCUUCGGAA